AUGCUUGCGACUCUUCGAUGGAUUUUUCAUUUUCCUGGACCGAGCAGAUUGUGACAUACGUACCGUACCGUAGUAGCUUCCGACUCGAUUUGUCCAAAUUGUCCGAACGUCUAACGACAUGCUGAGAUCCCUGCUGCUUUUGUGUUGGGCCGCGACGAUCGUGUCAGCUGGCAUUUACAAGAAUGACAUCAGUAACACAAGUGUUCCUGGUAACUUGGUUGGCGACAAUGUAGCUACAAAUUCUGAAUUGCCAUUGGAAACCAGUAAACUCUCUCUGAUCAAAGAAGAUGCACAUAUGCCAUCUGUUUUAUCCGAGUCAAAUAAGCCAGUUACUUUAGAGACUUCUAAUGAAAAUAUAUCUUCAAAUGAUUCUAUGACUGCUCUAUCUACAAUAAAUUCAACAACCACAUCAACAAUUGAAACUAAAUCAAUAUCAACUACAUCUACAUCUAAGCCAACUACAACAUCUACAUCUAAGCCAACUACAACAUCUACAUCUAAGCCAACAACAUCUACACCUAUACCGACUACAACACCUAUACCUAGUACAACCAUACCAGUGCCGACAACACCACUUCCACCUCCAAGUACUGGAACAUGGCAAAUUCGACAGGACAAUAAGUUGUGUAUUAUGAUCCAAAUGGCUGCCCAAUUCAAUGUUUCUUACAACAAUGCUACUAUUUCAUUCCACAAAGCAAUGGAUAUACCCACUAAUAGUAACGCAACAGGAAAUUGUAGUGAACAAACUGAACAAACUCUGACAUUAUCAUGGGGAUCAAAGAAUAAUUCUACACUAACUGCUCAAAAUAAUUUCACAUUACAUUUUGUAAAGAACGAGCCGGAUAAACUGUAUUCUCUUCAUCACUUUGAAAUCUCUUUGGCAGUGGAAAAAACCCCGACUGAUAAGUCAAAUAAAACAGUGACAGUAAUGACUAUGGCACCACAAUUCAGCACUGGAUUGAACAACUCUUAUAGAUGUUUGAAGGAACAAUCAUUGAAUUUAAUUUUUAAAGGUGAAAAUAAAACUGUAGGAGAACUGAAAAUAUCCAAACUACAGUUCCAAGCUUUUAGAAAUGAUAAUACCACUACUUUUGGCUUAGCCAAGGAUUGUUCGUUUGAUACGCCCGACAUCGUUCCUAUAACAGUGGGUUGUGCAUUGGCGGGUUUGGUGGUAGUUGUACUAAUCGCAUACCUUGUCGGCCGCAGACGAAGUCAGUCCCGCGGUUAUCUUAGUAUGUAAGAAGUUUCGUAAGAUUUUUUUUCUUUUUUUUUUUAAUUGUUAAAUUCAUUUUUUAUGCAAUUUUCCGUUAAUGGAAUCGAUUAUCUUAUUAAAAAUUUAUGUAGUUGUACGUUUUGUGUUCUAUAGCCAUGAGGGCUGUGACACGAUUAAGAAAAGGAAAAGUUUAUAUGUUUAUAAAAUUAUUUCGUCUAUUUGCGGGAAAGGAAGGGCAAUAUUAAAAAAGGGGAGGGAAAAAUGCGAUAUCGAUAUGCAUCGCAAAGCGGUUUGAAUCGAUAAUCGAGAAUGAGUGAUAAUUCCGAAGCAACAUACUCUGUUUCAAAAAGACGAUAUACUCUACGAUAGGAAUGAAUUAAUGUAGAUAAGUCGUAUGAGAUCUGCAUUAUAUCUGCGCUCUGCUAUUACAUUUUUGAUUAGCAGAGAGAGAAAACGAUAAUUAUUUGAUUUUCCAUAAACAUUUUAUAACAUGGAAUGAGAAUAAAAAAGAAAUUUGUUUUCGAUAUAUAUGACAUUAAAACGUAGAUAUUCGCGCUGGAUCAAUUGCUUCACCAACAAUAUAGGUUAUAACACGAAGUUUUCCUUAUAUAUAUAUAUUUUUUUUUCUUAAAAAUAAUUAUUUUCCUGACUUUAAUUUUUACUAUAAUGCGAUAUGCCUUUAUACGUCGCCUUUAUACAUACAUCGAUAUUUUUGUGUUUUCAUUACGUUCGUAUUCGAAUUCUUUUUAUUAAAUGUACUGUGAAAUAAUAGCAGUUGUUUAUAUAGCCCUAAGUAUGCGUGCGUGAGCGUACGAGGAAUAGUAUGAAGGAGCACGCGCUUCCACUAAGUCGAUUUAAAGUUUGUGCUUCACUUAAUUUGGAAUAAACGUGCAACUUAGAUAUUACAAACAGUGCAAUCUUCUAAAUGUAAAAAAUCAUUAGCUAAUGUUAAAUAAAAUAAAACAUAAUCUCAAAAUGAUAGCUCAACUCCCGUUAUUUAAACAAAUUUUACAGAAACUGUUUCCUGGAUAAAUUAUUCUAUUUAAUGUAAGUGAUAGUCUUCAAAAGAAAAUAAAUAUGUACUGUAUUGCUUAUAUGAUAGAGAAGCACUGAUUUUAACAAUGGAUUUAAUGGAAAGUACUGUAUUUUUACAACCAUUGUUACUUUUGAAAAGUUUUAUCUAAAAGAUAAUGUGAGGAUAUAAAGGGAGAUCUCUAAUGUUUGUACAAAAAAAACAAAUGGAAUUUUAGAGUUUAACAAGAAUUCUGCAUGUGCUGCUUCAUAAGUACUCUAUUGUGGCAAGACUGAAUGUGAAAUAAUGAGGCAAAAGUGGAAAGGGGGCAAAAAGAGUUUAAAGAAAACAUAUAAACAUAAUUGAAUAAAGCACUGUAUAUAAAACAAAGUAGUAAUACUACUUUUGGAUUAUAUAAGUACAUUUAUUGCGACUAGGCAAAAUCGACAUUCUAAACAAUAAAAAAUGGAACAUUUCCAAAAUA